AAGGGUCCAAAGAGCAUAAUUUGGAAACAACUUCAACUGCUGAGGGAGAUAAAACGUUAGAAACAGGAGUUGCCAAUGGUCCUUUAUUUGAACAAAUUGGAGAGAGCUCGCCUGCUGGUUUUGCUCAUGAAUCUCUUUUAGAGACUGCUGUUGGUACUGAACAAGAUGGUCCUCCUACAGCUCUUGAUAAUGAGAAACUGUCUAGCUUCUCUGAAGGGGUUCCUGUCGAAGAAUUCAAAGGAGACGAUGGAGAGAGCUUGGGGGAGCAUAGUCUGAAAACACCUUCGAGUACUGGAGUUGAUAAAACCUUAGAAACAGCAGUUUUUAAGGGUCCUUUAUUGGAACAAAAUGGAGAGGACUUGCCUCCUGGCCUUGCUCAGGAGAGUCUUUCAGAGACUGCUGUUGUUACCGAACAAAUUGGGCCUUCUGAAAAUUCCGAAAGCUUGACCUCUUCUUCGAUUUGCAGCUAUGUAGCUCUUGAAAGUGGUCAAAGCUUGCCUACUAAGGAUGUGACAUCAGAGAUUGAUACUGGAGAGUCGAAUCAAGAAAGCAUCGAAAACCCGGAUGAUUCUUGUCCUGUUGAGACUCAGAAUUGUCCUGUUAUGAAUGAUGCCGAGUCAAAGUGUGCUGCUAAUGGUGUGAUUUCCAAUCCCGAGUCCUGCGGUGCUUCCAAUGGAGGUGAAGAGAAAGCAUCUGCUGAUGCCAUAGAUGUAGAAUCUGCUAUCUCAAACACGAGCCUUGAAUGUGGGGACAAUCAGCAUAUGUCUAAUACUUCCAUUGAACUAGAGUCGGAAGUUGAUAAUGCACUCAAUGACAAGGACAGUGGAAUUGCAGCAGAUGGUGACCUUGAUUUUGAACAUGUAGGAAAAGAAUUGAAAUCAACUUGUCAAGAAGCUGAGUGUUUUGAAGGGAAACAGACGGAUGAAACGCCAAAAUCGGUCCAAGAAAAUUUAGGAGGACAGAAUGUGGAUAUUGAUGGAAAUCAGAAGGACGAAGAAGCCUCAACAACUCUCCCGGAUAAUACUUUGGAAGGACAGAAUGCGGCAGUUGAAGGGGGAAAAAGGCUAUUAUAUUUGAUUAAGAUUCCGAGAUUUGAUGACGGAAAUUUAAGAGAACAGAUUGAACAUACCAAGGUACAAGUUGAAGAGAGGACUAAAAGCCGGGAGGCUAUUUAUGCCGAAGUUCAGAAGCAAAGGGUCAUUCAUAAGGAGUGUUCUGACAAGGUUCAGGCUUGCUUAACGGAGGAGAAAGCUGCUCGAGACUCGUUUAAGUCAACAAGGCAGCGCUUAGAUUCCGUUCAAUCUGUGAUAGACAAAGUAAAGAAUGCACAAUCAGUUGGGGAUAUUCAGGAAAAGAUACGCAGUAUGAAAAACAGAAUAGAACAUGAAACCCUGCCUUUGAAGGAAGAAAAGCACAUAAUUCGUGAAAUCGAACAGUUACAGCAACAAUGCAAACAUAUCUCUUCUAACGUGGGUAAGCAGGGUGAAGUUCUACAGGCCUUGGACCAGAAAGACCAGAUUGAAGAGCACUCGAAGGUUUUGAGGAAAGAGUUGGAUUCACAAAGAGAAAAACUCACCAAAGCUGAGGAAGUUACACAAACUGCUAAGAAGAAAUCUAAGGUUGAAAACGAGAAGCUGAAUGAAUUGGUAUACCAGUUUAGAGAUGCAAAUGAUGUUCGUCAAGAGGCAUAUGCACAUUUACAGAGUUUGAAGAAACAACAAUAUGAAAGGAACAAGCAUUUUUGGAGGUAUAAGGACGCUUUAAGUGCAGCCCAGAAGUUAGCGUUGAGUGGAGAUAAGGAACAACUGCAACAUCUUUGCAAUGAUCAGCUGGAGACAGUUAUGGAACUCUGGAACAGAAAUGAUGAUUUCCGGAGAGAGUACAUGAUCUACAACACAAGGAGUACACUUAGGCGGCUGAGAACAUUGGAUGGUCGAUCGCUUGGCCCUGAUGAGGCGCCACCUGUUAUACCUGAUGCUAUUGUUAUAAAUAACAGAGCGACCAAGGACAACUCGGUGUCAUUAACCAAAAUUCCCGAACAAGAAAAGCAAUACGUGCCCGCAAAAGAUGAGAAACUAGAUGAUGCUAAAUCCGGUGCCAAGGUUGUGGAGAGAGAGAACCAAACGGCUAAAACCAAGAAGCCUGCAAAACUUGCGUCUUUGUCGGGGACUAGGCCUGUAACUAUUUCUGGUGAGGAUGAAAGGAAAGAGGAGGCGAGAGAAGAAGAGAAAGAAGAAGAAGAAGAAGAAGAAGAGCAGCCUAGACGGAGCAAGGAGGAAGAGGAGCUGGCCAGGAAGGCAGAGGAAUUGAGAAAAGAAGAGGAAGCAGCUAAGUUGAAGGAGCAGCGCAAGCUGGAGGAGAGGGCCAAAGCUAAGGAAGCAAUGGAGAGGAAGAAACGAAUUGCUGAGAAGGCCCAGACCAGGGCUGCAAUUAAAGCACAGAAGGAAGCUGAAGAGAAAGAGAAGGAGAGGGAAAAGAGGGCUAGGAAGAAGGAAAAAAAGAAAGCAAACGGAAUAGAGACUAGAAAUGAGGAUGGAAUAGAAUGUGCUCCGACUCCAAGCUCAGAAAUUCCUAGUAAUGGAGCUCAGCCAGAGUCUGAGAAACCUGCGACAGUAAUGAAGAGGCCUCAGAAAGCACAGCAGUUUACAAAGCAGAGCAGAACAAGAUCCGUGGCAAUGCCACCGCCGCUCCGAAACAGGGGCAAGACAAGGAUGCAGCCAUGGAUGUGGGUGACUCUUGCAGUCGCCAUUGUUUUGGCCUUGUUCUUUUGUUGGCCCAGCUUCAUGCAAUGGUUCGGUUUCUGAAUUCUGAUUACAUCUGAUAAAACACAGUUUGGUGGGACAUUCCCAUAGAGAGAUACAUAUAUAUCAUAUAACAUAUUCAUCAUAUACACGAUAAUAUUAUACUAUUAUAAUAUAUAGAUGCUAAUUCUUUGGUGCGUCUUUCUCAGGAUUUGUUUUCCUCUAGCUUGCAUUCGGUUACCAUAAAAGCAAUUCUUUUUCUUUCAUUUCUUUGAACUGCAGCGAGUUAUAUAAAUGAUUGAGUUAUUUUUAUUGUUUUUGUUGUUAUUCACGUUUUUCUUAUAUGAAGUUUAAAGUGAGAAGCAAGAAAUUCCAUUUUUGUUGCUAAUAAACAAAUUUUAUUUUGGUAGUUAGGAUUGGAUUGGGUAAUGUUGUAGAAAGCGAUAUGAGAGACCGAAUUGGAUUGGUUUUGGCCCUUGCGAAAUGAAAGGCAUAUAAUAAAGGCUACUACUACACUUUGUU